AUCUUUGGAGAGACAAACAAGAUGUGAGGGAAUGUGGGCCAAUAACUAUUUUGUUUCAGUUAAAAACCGCAGCUUAGAGCUUAGACUUCAAGCUUAGACCUUACCUCAUCACUUCGGCCCACUGUGUUUAUAUCCAUAGCACCCAAAAUCUCGAAUUAAUAUUGUCCGUGGGCUGGGGGUGUGGCCAGAGGCGGGGCUAGUGUAGCGGGAAUUCCUGGGCUCCUCCCCUGGCCCCAGUCCCGCUCCCCCCGCCAUGGCCCCUGCGCUGCUCCUGGUCCCCGCUGCCUUAGCCUCUUUCGUCCUGGCCUUUGGCACCGGAGUAGAGUUUGUGUGCUUCACGUCUUUGCAACCACUGCUCGGGGGCACCCACAAGUUGGGCCCAGAUACUCGACAGGAGUGGCUGACUGCCCUGCAGGACCCUGGCAUCCUGGCAGUUCUAGCUCGGGACCUGGGGCUGCUGCUGCUAUUCGUGGGGCAGCACAGUCUUAUGGCAGCAGAGCCUGUGAAGACAUGGAUGGCCCAGCACUUUGGGGUCCUGCAGAGGUCACUCUAUGUGGCCUGUACUGCCCUGGCCCUGCAGGUGGUGAUGCGUUGUUGGGAGCCAGUGCCAGAGGGCCCUGUCCUCUGGGAAGCACAGUCAGAGCCUUGGGUGACCUGGGUACCCCUUCUCUGCUUUGUGCUGCACAUCAUAGCUUGGCUUCUCAUCUUUAGUAUCCUCUUGGUUUUUGACUAUCCUGAGCUCAUGGGCCUCAAACAGGUAUAUUACCAUGUGCUGGGGCUAGGGGAACCAUUGGCUCUGAAGUCCCCUCGGGCACUGAGACUCUUUGAACACUUGAGACAUCCUGUGUGUGUGGAGCUCCUGACAGUGCUGUGGGCUGUGCCCCGACUGGGCCUUGACAGAAUCCUCUUGGCUUCGAUGCUCACCCUCUACCUGGGCCUGGCACAUGGGCUAGAUCAACAAGACUUGCGCUACCUCCGUGCCCAGCUUCAAAGAAAGCUUCAGUUACUUGCUGGGUCCCAUGAUGGAGAUGCUGAGUGAAAUCUAACCCCUAGGGUGAAACUACUGUCCCUAGGCUCUAAAGCCUUGUCUGCUGAGGGCUCCUCCACCUCCUGUCCUUAUUCCCCUUUCAAAGUUCCAUUCCCUGAAAUCCAAGAGCCAGCCUACAGAAUGUCUACUCUAACUUGAGAGUCCACCCCUUGAAGCUUGAGGCUACAUGCUUCUGGGUUCUAGAUGUUUCUUUUGUCCCUCAAACUCUCUCUCUCCUGAAUUCCAAGCUCUACCCCUAGAUUCCAAGUUUCCUUCCCUGUUGACUUUAGGCAUAGUUCUCAGCAUAUGGCAUAUAACUCCCUGGCUUGGGGCCCACACUCAGAUUCUAAAUUUACUAUCCCUUAAUUCAGGAUCUCACUCUCCCACCUAAGGAUCCCUCAAUUCAACCUAGAAAGAGGGAUGAGCUCCUGGGGAAGGAAUGGGGACUCUGGGCCUGUCGCCAACAGGACUCUUUCUGUUUAUUUUACUCUCCAAAUCCUAGGGGGAGAGGUUGGCCCUGAUCAGUCCACUACCAUUGAUCCCCAGCUCCUAUACUCAGGGAACCCUCCUUUUUCUUUAUAUCUUCAUGCCCCCCAGAGUUAGACUGGAACUGAAGUGUUUUCCAGCCACCAGAUUGAAGUACCUUUCCUUAGUUUCCUACCUCCCAUUCUCCAGCCCUACCCUCAGUAUCCUUGAGGUUCUUUCUAGAAUUUCUCCCUUACCACUUAGGCUCUAUGUCAUCAGAGCAGAUGUUGGGAGGAUGGGGCAGAGACCUCUUUACUCCCCACCUCAGUGACUUCAUGUUUCCCAGAAAAUGUGUAAGAAGCUGACAAAUAAAUUCAA